AUGGACCAACUCCAGGACCGAGCAGAUGCCCAAAUAUGGAAUGCAAUCGAGUCAAAGAGUCUCAAGCAAGCCUUAAAGCUGGUCGACAAGCGACUAGCAAAGAAACAUACUCCCUACCAUGAGGCACUCAAAAUCUAUAUUCGGGCCCUCUCACCUCAAGCCACCGAAAAAGCAGCUGUUCUUGUGCAUCUGGAAGAGCUGGCUGAAAAGAAGACAGUCCCUUCAGAGCUAGUGGUUGCCGAGCUUUAUGACGAUGCCUUGAACGAGGUUCUUCCUGUUCCGCGGGAGAAUUGGGCACGGAUCGUUGGUGAACUACGAUGGCAAUGUGUCAAAGCAUCACCAAAGAAUGAAGAUGCCAGUCUGAAGUGCUUCCAAGCAUGUCUUGCAAGAAACGAUUUGGACCAUGCUCGACAGAUUGCUAAUAGCCUCGAGAAAACAUUCCCCCAAAAUCAUGCUUACACUUUCUGGAAUAUAUCCACCAUGUAUCUAUAUUCAAUGUCGCCCAGUUGUCCUGAAGUACAAAAGAAGAUAUGGGGAGGCUUAGCGCUAGGCCAAAUUGGCAAGCUCGCAACUGCCACUAAGCAAGCUGCUGACCAUAAGCAGCUACCUGCCCGAUCAAUACAAUCACCUCAAGAGUUGCUUCUGCUACAUAGAAUUACCAAGUCUUAUGGUAAGAGAGAAGCCAGUUUAGACUACCUUCUAGACCCGCUUCUCGGACCCGAGUCAGCUGUGGCAAAAGGCGAAUGGGAACUCUGGCGGAUGAAACUGGAACUACUUCAGAGUGUACAGGACUGGAAAACAGUUUUUGAGACAACUGGAUCACUGCUGAAAAGAGCCCGUACGACAGACACAACUUCUCGAUAUUCCGAGGCUCGACUGAGUGAUUGGAUUGUCUGGGAUGCCUACAUUGGGUCAGCAAAAGAAUUGAACAGUACUGACCUCAAUAGCCAAGUAAGGGAAGAACUUGAGGCGCAUUUGGAUCCAGCUUGCAAGAUUGAUAAAAGCUGGAAGAGAAACGCCUCCUUGGCGUUGAUUAAGUUUGCUUUUGAGAGUCCUAGCCCUACGAUAUCUUCGGGAGAUAUUAAUGUGUCAUACCGAGGCUCUACCAUUUCUAAGUACUUGCAGGAUUAUGGCAGCGCAAAUACCGCGUACAAUGAUCUCAGACCAUUUGUUGGAAGAUUAAGCCAGGAUGAGCGAAAACAGCUCAGAGGCGCUCUGGACCGUACGGCCGAAUCCCGAGACCUUUCAACUAUCCGCCAAAUAACGGAAUCGAUAAACUCGGAUAAGCUGAGAUACCUGCUUGGAUCUUGCCUACCAGAAUUGGAGCGUAUUUACAGUCCAGAAAGAAGAAGCGCAAGUGGCAGCUUCUUCUGCACGUCAUGUUCCGAGGCAUGUGGCAUCAGCUGUAAACACUGUCUUACACUGACUGCAGAAGAAUCUAUCAAGUCUUAUCGAGUGGCCGCUAGAGACGAUAAACUUGUGGCAGAUCUCCCCUCAACAGAUCGUCACCCAGCAGACGAUUUCAGCAUCCUAUCAGCGAUGUGCUUGAUCAAGCUUGCUCUGGCAGAGUCCGGUAAUAGCCGUGUACCUAUCAACAGCAGUGGGGCUAGUUAUCUUUUGCAAGCUGCAGUUCUGCUCGAAGUUGCUUCGGUGCCUUCCAGAUCUAAUUUCCAGAUAUCGUUGAUAUUGGUCCGCCUAUACUGCUAUCUUGGUUGUGGAUCUUUGGCCAUGAGAGCUUUUGAACGCUUAUCACUCAAGCAAGUUCAACUCGACACUCUGUCGUACGUUAUUCUCGACAGAAUAUCCACAUUCCAUCCUCAUCCCUUCGGCCAACUUCCAAAUGGUUCUGACAACACCCGAACUCCACUAGAACAACUUCAGAAGCAGCGGAGGUUGUACAGAAGCGCUCAAGAACAUGUGAUCAAGAAUGUCUGGCUUUCGUUUAAACACAGUAGCUACAACUCCGUGUUUGAGAUCAGUGAAGUCCAGGACAGCCUAUCUCGAAGUUUAGCGAGAGUUAUGUAUGUUGUCGAAAGCAGCAAGGUCGCUCGUUUGUUGGAGCCCAAGAGAUCAUUGGCUGAGAUCAUUCAAGAGUACGAUAUUGUUGCACCAAAUGCGGAGCUUUCUGAGACUACCUUCGCGGAUACCAACGAUUAUGAAACCUUCCCCAACUACGAAAGUUUUUCUGGCCCUCGAUUUGAGGAGCUGAGCAGAUUUUUCCCGCGUCCAACUGAAUACCGGUAUCGGCAAAAUCUCGUUACCCAAAAACUCCUCAUUCUCAUUGACCCAUCAACUCCGACGAGCGGUGAGGGUCAAAUACUUCAGCAGUGGCUGAAACAGUAUAUUGACUUUCAAAAGAACUGUCAGAUCCCGAAAGUGGGAUCUGAAGACCUAACUGGGCCAGAAGCACUGGCGAAAUCUACCUACGAUGCAAUGGCUUUUAUCAUUUACCAUGCCUGCGAUCGUGCGCUGUGUAGCGAGUCAGAUAUUAUGGAUAAGCUUGAUAGCUACAACAAGGAUCUAGCGGAGAGUCUCGAGAAGCAUUUGGCCACUAUAGAUAAGAUGGAAGACCUGGUCCCGGCUUUUGCCAGUACUCUGCAUACCUUGUAUACUGCUCAUGAAGUUGGAACUGCAGUAGUCAACCUCUGUAGUUACAUCUCGAGGAGGGGCAAGGAUGUCUCUGACAAGCAAGCAGAAGCUAACAAGACAGCCUUGGAUUUAGCACAACGUCUUCUACAGGCUACGAUUGGCAAGUCUGCCACCGUCAAGAGUGGUCUUGAUGAAGGUGGCUGGAUUGACAAGGUCCUCGAGUGUGUACUGCCAGAUGCGACAGGAGGAGAGCAGAGAGUGUCGCCAGGGCUGGUGGAGGCUUUGAGGGAACAUCUGGAUGAGGGUUUCUUGGAGCAAUGGGCUGGCGAGGUUACUGAGAGUUGGAGAGACUCUGUUGCUGGCUUGUCUCUGCUAAAAGCACCCGGCAAGGCAUAG